AUGGAAGCAGAUGGUGUUGUUGAAGGGUUUAUGAAAAGCGUCGAAAUGCAGAAUUUGAAAUUUAAUAAACUGAUUGGUGACGGGGAUAGUAGUGUUCCUAAAAGAUUGUUAGAAGUACUACCUUAUGGCCCUAAUGUUUUAAUUGAAAAAAUAGAGUGUCGCGACCAUCUACUGCGUAACUACAGUCAAAAAAUAGCAGCUAUUGCAAAAAAAACUUGCUAUCCUAUAAAUUUACGCAAAUUUAUAAUUCAAAAUGCAAUGCGGUUUCGAACUGGAAUAGUAAAAGCUAUUCGUUUCCAAAAAAAUGAAAAUAAACCUUUAUGUCAACAAAUAUCAGACUUAGGCAAAGAUAUUUAUAAUAGUCCAUACCAUGUACUAGGACAACAUACAAAGUGCGCUUCGUAUUUUUGUCAAGGAAAUACAGUUUUGGAACAAAAUUUAGUUGUACAAGCUGAAAACAGUGGCAUGAUGUUAGAAAUAAUAAAUGCAAUAAAUCGUUUAGUCGCUAAUUCUAGUAGCUUAAUAACUGAUGUAGACAAUAAUGUAUGCGAACAGUUCAACAGCGUGAUAAAUAAAUACAUUGGGGGAAAACGAAUCAAUAUGUCACAAAGAAACGCGUAUAAUGCUAGGGUUGAAGCUGCAGUUAUAGCAUUUAAUUCAAAAGAAUACUUACGGACUAUACAUAAGAAUAUUAUGAAAAAAAGUCCAGGUAUGUUUGGUAAGACUUUUUUAAAAAAUGCCAAAAGACAAAAAUUAAAUAACCAAAGACGACGAGCAUUAUUCAUCAGAAAAAAAUACAGUAACAAGCAGCUUAAAACAUCGGGUCCUGAUGAAAACUAUGGUCUAGCAGAAGAAUUACCCCCUGAAAGUUCUUAUGAGGAUUUGACAAACAUGAAAAUUAAUUUUAUUAAUGAAAUUAAAAAUAUGGAUAGAGAACAAUUGGAGAAAAACACGAGAGACCAAGCAAAAUCGCAACUUUGGUACACAGAAAGGAGAAAACGAUUGACUGCUUCCAAGUUCGGAAAAAUAUGUAAAAUGCGUCAAAAUACCUCAUGUAAAAAUACGGUGCAUGAAUUAUUAUAUGGACAGACUAACCAUAAAAUUAAAGCCAUAGAAUAUGGUAGAGUCAUGGAGUCUGUAGCAAAACUUAAAUUCGAAGAACUGUUUAAUUUAAAAAUAAAAUCUGUAGGACUUUGCAUAGAUGUUGAAGUUCCUUACUUGGCUGCUAGUCCAGAUGGUUUUAUCGAAAAUGAUUUUAUUAUCGAGAUAAAAUGUCCUUUUUCAGCUAAGGAUAAUACAAGUUUAGAAGAUGCAAUGAAUAAUGGAAAAAUCAAAUAUUGUAUUAUUGACAAAAAUACAAAAACAAUUGAAUUAAAAAAAAACUGUGACUACUAUUACCAAGUGCAAGGCCAACUGCAUAUAACAGGGAGAACAAACUGUUAUUUUUUUAUAUUCACAGAAAACUGGAAUCAUACAAUAAAUAUUAAGUAUGAUAGUGAAUUUUGGUCGACUAAAAUGGUCAAACAGUUAAGUCUAUUUUACACCGAAUGUUUACUCCCAGAGUUGGUAAUGCCUCAAUAUGGUAAACGGUUAUUAAUCAGUGAUAUUCGUGAACCAGAUCACAUUAAAAAUAAAAUAAUUAAAGCCUAA